GUAAGGAAAACAAAGCGAGCGGUGAGAGCCGGUCGCAGCGCUGACAGUAAAACAUAGAAAGUGGCGCAAGAAUUUAUGGAAGGGAAAUAGGCUGGCCGAGUCGUUGACGCUGCUUACUUUUGCAGAACUCUUCUCGUGCGGGCCUCCACCAUCCCCCAAUUAUUAAGUCUCCAAAAUUUUUAGUAAUAGAUAAUUAAUCCUACAAUAUUGAUUAUCACUUUUGAUUUUUUCCAAAUUUAUUUGCUGAGUCUUCAACUGAUUGGCUAUUUUCUCGUGUUAGUAGAAGAUCAUUCGAAAUUAGUCCAAGACUAUGGAAAGGUCAUCUCCGUUCAGAGCACAACAAGUGCAUGGACCAAAACCCUCUGAGGUGUAUGGUUACUACCCAAGCAAGUAUUGGGUAUUGGCUAGGCCGACGUAUCUUAUGGUGACUAUGGUGCUAGCUUUGGCGUUUUACAUCGGUCUCAACUUCACCGCUACUCCACACCCAACCUCUCUCAAUACCUUGUUUGAUGAGCACAGUCGAGAACCUUGGGAGUUUGAUCCUCAGAUGGAGGAAGGGCACGAGAGGCCUAUGGAUCCAAUCUCUGACAUUGAUAUUACAAAAAUCAGUGAUGUUAUGUUCAAUUCAAGUGAUGAUAUAUGUGUUACUUCUUGCCAUGCCAGAGAAGGGAGCAAAGAAUGAAUCAUUCUCCAACGUGCCAGUGAUAGACGUCAUUGAUGAGUGGUUCGAACUUGAAGCUCAUGAUGAGACAGUGGUUUUUGAAUUAGAAAGUAUGAUGAUAGUGGAUGAAUUGUUGUCUGAGGUUGUUAGCUUCAUGUAGGGUAGAGUGCUUCUUUUCAUUCUUUUUUUUUUCAGAUUGCAUUGUCUGCAUUUUGAUUGACAAUACUGAGAGAGAGAGUAGUUGUUGCAUUUGGCGUGCAUAUAAUUUUUUUUUCAGGUCUAGGUUUGGCCUCUUUCAAAGUUAGUCACAUUGCUUCAAAAUGUUAUUGUGACUUGUAAACCACUAAUCAAAAUAUUUCCAUA